AUGGCUGGAAUAACUCUCGCAAAUCCCGUAACUGUGAGCCUAGAGGAGCUCCGAGCUGGUACCGUCUCCUUUGAGACCUUAUCGGAAGCCUUUGGCCCUGCAUCGCUGGGGAUUAUCGUUGUAAAAGAUCUCCCUGCGGAGUUUAAGAGCCUUCGAGCUCAGGCACUCUCCAAUGCAUCGUAUGUUGCAUCUCUGACACCAGAGGAGCUAGAAUCUCUCACUUCAGCCGAGUCCAAAUAUCUUAUAGGCUGGUCCUGCGGGAAAGAGACCCUCCGAUCAGGCCAUUAUGAUACCUUAAAAGGGUCAUAUUAUAUCAACUGUGCCUUUUAUCAAAAUCCAGACUUGCAGAGCGUUCCCGCAAGCGAGUUUCCUGAUUUCCCGGGGUACACGGCGGCCAAUAUCUGGCCUCCUGCCGAAAAGCUGCCUAACUUCCGUCCAAGCCUGAUUGAAUUAUGCACCUUAAUUAUCGACACGGCGGUCCUUGUUGCAAGAGCUUGUGAUAGAUACGCUAUCGCAAAUAUUGAGGGAUAUAAGAACGGGUAUUUGGAACAUGUUGUGAAAACUAGCUUGACAACCAAAGCCCGCCUGCUGCAUUACUUUCCUGCUCCAGAGGCGGACGCUAGCGGUAAAGAGGCGGAUGAUGACGACUGGUGUGCCACCCAUGUUGAUCAUGGUUGUCUCACGGGCCUGACAUCCGCAAUGUUUGUAGAUGAAGCGGAGAAUAAACCCCAGCAGUUGGCGGACUUAACCCCUUUACCUGAACUCCCAACAUCCCCUGACCCAAAGGCCGGUCUAUAUAUACAAUCCAGAACCGGCGAGGUAGUGAAGGUCAACAUACCGAAAGACUGCAUUGCCUUUCAGACAGGCGAAGCUCUUGAACUCAUUACACAGGGGAAGUUCAAGGCUGUGCCGCACUUUGUCAAGGGUGCAAGAACGGGAGGUAAGAUUGCAAGGAACACACUGGCUGUGUUCACUCAACCAAACUUGUCUGAAGAAGUGGCAGCUGGAAAAACGUUCGCGGACUUUGCCCGCGAGAUUGUGGAGAGGAACCAUUGA